CACAUAAGGGACGAGGAACUUUCUGUUCCUUCUUCAACUUCAACCCCAAAUUCUUUAUCUCGAACCGCAAGUCCACAUCCAAGUUCUGCGGAUGAGGCGGUCUUCAUGGAAUGUAUCAAAACUAUCGAAGCCAACUUAGAAGACGCCAACAUUAUCAACAAAGCUAGCGAUAAAGAAAAAAAUUGGUGGAUCUAUGGGAAUUAUAAGGGUAUUGAUGAGGAAAGACUGCCUCUGCGUCUCGUGGAAAACGUAACAUACCGUGAUUAUGAGAAGAAAAGCGAAAUUGCGAAUGCAGGGCAGAUUUUGGGAGUUUGA